AUGAUUCUUCCUCUAUCUCUACUGGUGACCUUACUUCGGUUGGCACGCUCCGCCGAUCCACCGACACUUGAUAAUGGAAUCGCAGAACUUCCUCUCGUCGACUGUAUGGAAGAUCGCGUAAAGCUCACAUUCAAAACUCAACGACCGUUUCAUGGACGGAUAUUUGUUAAAGGGAUGGUAGACAAGCAAAACUGUGUCCGCGAUUUUGUCACCAAUCAAGCGAAAGAUGUCACUUUUGAGCUGGAAAAUGGAGCGUGUAAUAUGAGGAGACAGAGAAUGCUGGGACCCGAAAAACGUGGAAUGGAAAUGUCGAUGACCAUCAUCAUUUCGUUCCACUCAACGUUCAUCACAAAAGUCGACAGAGCAUAUCGCUGUACUUGCUUCUACAUGGAGGCUGAUAAAGUGGUCACGAACAGAUUUGAUGUUAGUAUGCUGCCGACAACUGACCUCAUUGACACAGCCCGUAUGCCACUGUGCACGUAUUCAGUGCGAAGAGACUCGGUGAGCGGUCCAAUUGUGGAGUACGCAAAGGUUGGAGAGACAGUUUAUCAUGUUUGGAAUUGCGAAAGUGAUAUGUUCUCCAUGCUGGUACACUCGUGUUUCGUUGACGAUGGAAACGGUGACGAACGAAAACCCCUUUUAGACGAGCACGGAUGCGCCAUUGACCCGCUGAUUCUCCCAGAUUUGACCUACAAUAAGGACAACAAUGUGGCGUAUGCUCAAGUGAAUGUGUUCAAGUUUGCCGAUAAGAUUUCCACAUAUUUCCAGUGUGCAGUGAGCACGUGUAUGAACACCGAGGGAAUGUGUGAUGGGAAAACGCCACCACGUUGCGGACCAUCCGGAUCGUUCAGUGCUCUGUCCAACAACAACCAAUUCAACAACAGACGUGCUCGGCGAGCAACCGGAGAUCGAUUGUCCAACAAAACGACAGUCAACUGGGUCCAUUUGGCAGAUACCAUGGAUUUGGCAGCGAAUAAGAUUACGGUAUUUGAGUUGGAAGAGAAGGAGGACCGAGGUAAUGAGGAUGAUACUCCAUCUCAUCCGCACCUGGCCAUUCUACAAGGCGCAACGGCUCCUGUGAUCUGUCUUAAUCAAUCGAGAAUCCAAAUUUUCUUCGUUCUUUCAUUUUUAAUGCUCACUUUGGUCACCGCGUUGACCGUAUACACGCUCCGCCGAACGAUGGCGGUGCAGAAAAAAUGCGCGCUCAAUGCAUGA